CAGACAAAACGAGUGAACCUCAACGUUCUCCCCUGCAGAGGAAGGCGCAAUGGAGCACUGAACACUUUCAUAUAUAUCCCCCUUUCCCCAAACCCCUGGAAUUGCUGUAAACAUAUUUCUGAAAUAUUUGUGGUGGUCCUUGGGCAGUGGAAAGAUGUGGAUUCAGAUACGGACCAUUGACGGAAAGGAGACACGAACCAUAGAGGAUCUUUCAAGGCUGACUAGAAUUGAGUCUCUACGAUUGAAAAUACAAGAUAUCUUCAAUGUAAACCCUGAACAGCAACGGCUAUUCUAUCGGGGCAAGCAGAUGGAAGAUGGCCAGACUCUGUUCGACUACAACGUUGGUCUAAACGACAUCGUCCAGCUGCUGAUCCGUUCCCAUGCCGACGCCCCUGACAGCCCCGCCCCCAUGGACUGUGAUGUAAUUGCCUGCAGCUCGGCUCCGCCUGCUCCCCCUGCCGCCAUUGCUGCUAACCCUUCUGCGCCUGUUACCGCGACAACCAUCACCUCGAGCACAGUGGUUGUCAUCAAUAACAAGAACAGCGACAACAAAAACAACAGCGCAAACAAGUCGGACCCGACCCCCCCCACCGCCACCACCGCCACCACCGCCACCACCGCCCCCACCACCACCAGUAAGACCAGCACCAACAGCACCAGUGACACCAGAACCAACAAUGGGUCCAAGUCCUCCAGCAUGACACUAGACAACCAGCCGUCCACCUCCACCCGCUCGGCGCUGGUGGAUCCAGGCAUCGGCUUGUACAAGAUGAACGAGCUGGUGGACUGCCGAGAUGUGAGCAUUGGCUCUUGGUUUGAGGCCAGCAUAGAGAACGUGACGCGUGCCCCUAAGGUGCCCAAGGUCGGCCGCCCCAGCAAAAGGACUAAUGGCAAGCUGGAGGCCAACCAGGACAGUAAUGGGAACAGUGUUCUGAACUCUGACAGUGGGGCCUCCACCUCUCAAACAGACUGUACAACUGCAGCAGUGCCAGCUUCGGUCUUGGUCUCAACCCCAGCCAGAGCCCCAACAGCAACCCCAUCUUCAACCCCAGCUCCAGCUUCAACCCCAACAGCAACCCCAUCUUCAACCCCAGCUCCAGCUUCAACCCCAACAGCAACCCCAUCUUCAACCCCAGCUCCAGCUUCAACCCCAACAGCAACCCCAUCUUCAACCCCAGCUCCAGCUUCAACCCCAACCCCAGUCUCGCCCCCUGUUCCUGCCCCAGCCUCAUCCCCAGCCUCAGCCUCAGCCCCAGGCACGGACACUAUGGCCACGGGCUCAACUCCACCCACAACCCCAGCUAAAGACAGAGAGGAGGAUGUAAUCUAUCAUAUCAAAUAUGAAGACUACCCCGAGAACGGCGUGGUGGAGAUGCGUCCGCCCAACGUGCGUCCCCGGGCGCGCACCCUGCUGAAGUGGGACCAGCUCGCCGUGGGUCUGGUCAUCAUGGUGAAUUACAACAUGGAGACGCCGGAGGAGAGGGGCUUCUGGUUCGAUGCCGAGAUCACGGCGCUCAACGAGAUCUCCAGAACCAACAAAGAGCUGCGCGUGAAGAUACUGCUGGGAGGACCUGGUGAUGUCAUCGCCGACUGUAAGGUCCUCUUCCUGGAUGAGGUGUACCAGGUGGAGAAAUCUGGAGCCCCACCCCUCUCUGCAGCUGAUGGACAGUUCAAACGGAAGAGCGGGCCGGAGUGCAAGCACUGCAAGGCGGACCCCGAGUCGGAGUGUCGCUUCUGCUCCUGCUGCGUGUGUGGAGGGAAGCAGGACGCCAACAUGCAGCUGCUGUGUGACGAGUGCAACAUGGCCUUCCACAUCUACUGCCUCAACCCUCCCCUGGCCACCAUACCUGACGAGGAGGACUGGUACUGCCCUACCUGUAAGAAUGACACCAGCGAGGUGGUCAAGGCUGGAGAGAAGCUGAAGGCCAGUAAGAAGAAAGCCAAGAUGCCCUCAGCCCACACUGAGAGUCAGAGAGACUGGGGCAAGGGUAUGGCCUGUGUGGGGCGCACUAAGGAGUGCACCAUCGUCCCCUCCAACCACUAUGGGCCGGUACCCGGGGUCCCUGUGGGAACCACCUGGAAGUUCCGUGUUCAGGUGAGUGAGGCGGGCGUCCACAGACCCCACGUGGGCGGUAUCCACGGACGUAGCAACGACGGUUCCUAUUCGCUGGUGUUGGCUGGGGGCUUUGAGGAUGAGGUGGACAGGGGAGAUGAGUUCACCUACACAGGGAGCGGAGGUCGUGACCUCUCAGGGAACAAACGUAUCGGGGAGCAUUCCUUCGACCAGACCCUCACACACAUGAACAGGGCGUUGGCUCUGAACUGCGACGCACCGCUCAACGACAAGGACGGGGCGGAGUCGAGGAACUGGCGCGCUGGAAAGCCAGUCAGGGUGAUCCGCAGCUCCAAGGGUCGACGCAUCAGCAAGUAUGCCCCAGAGGAGGGCAACCGCUACGACGGCAUCUACAAGGUGGUAAAGUACUGGCCGGAGAUUGGAAAGUGCGGUUUUCUGGUGUGGCGUUACUUGCUGAGGCGUGACGACCUAGAGCCCGCCCCCUGGACGCCGGAGGGUCUGGAGCGAAUCAAGAAGCUGGGCCUGGCUGUGCAGUAUCCACCAGGCUACCUGGAAGCCAUGGCCAACAAGACCAAGAAGGAGGCCAGUGUCCGGGGGGGCAGCUCCACACGAGGCAAACGACACGCAGGGCGGGGCCGGCCUCGGAUACACCCCAGGAAGAAGGUGAAGGAGGAGGAGGAAGAGGAGGAAGAGGAGGAGAAGCCGGCAGCCAAGAAGGAGGAGGGCCCUCAGAGUAACGGCAGUCAGAAAGAACCCAAAGCCCCAGACGUGUGCGUGGCUCUGGUGGAGCCGCCGGCGAAGCGCGUGCGCGUCGAGGAGGCCUUCCAGCUCUCUGAGAGGCAGCAGGAGCUCAUCAAGGAGGACACGCCCAACAAGAAAGUCUGGGACGAGGCCCUCAACUUCCUGGGGGAGGGGCCUAACUUCCUGAGGAAGGUGGAGCAGACCUUUAUGUGCGUGUGCUGCCAGGAGCUAGCCUUUCAGCCAAUCACCACUGUCUGUACCCACAACGUCUGCAAGAGUUGUUUGCAGAGGUCGUUCCGGGCGGAGGUGUAUAGCUGUCCCGCCUGUCGUCAUGACCUGGGGAAGGACUACGUCAUGGUCCUCAAUAAAACACUACAGAGACUGCUGGACCAGUUCUUCCCCGGAUACAGCAAAGGCCGAUGAGACCCACACACACACACACACAUUAGUAUGCACCCACGCUGAAACAUUCUGUAUAUGUUCAUGUAUACAUCGGUACAUCUAGAUGCAUACACACACACACACACACGUGCGCGCACACACGCAAACAAACCCUCCAUUGGCGCCCGACAGUAAGGGGCCGAUCCUGUCUGUUGAACUCUGUUGGACUGUCCUUGUUAACUUCACCAGCCGAACACAUGAAUCUCAAGUCCCUAGAACAGUAACCACCCAGACACACAAACUCCCCUCUCUAAACUCUCCCACCCCUCAGUGAACUCAACCCUCCAGGGAGUACCCCCCCCCCCAGCCCCGAGCAGCCCCUCUCCUGACACCUCCCUUGGGCCCCAGGUCCUGCCAUCUCGCCCCUCCUGCCCUGCCCCACCCAGGCUGUCUCAGAGUGGAGCCUGCUGGGUUGCCCUGGGGUGUCAUGGAGAGAUUCCUCCAGGAUCCUCCAGGGGUCAGUGUUGGCCUUAGCUCCAUCUCUCAACAGGAUUUGAAUUAUGAAGGAUUCAUGAACCACGUUUGAACCAGGCUUUGACACUCACUACUCAUUUUAAUAGAAAAAUAUUUGAAAAGGGCAAUCAAGGACAUAAUCCCCCUGAACUUUUCAGAUUGAAAAUGUAAUUGACCUUUAGUUUUGAGUGCAGCAGAGAGGAUGCUAACUAGCUAGCUGUGCUAUUGUUGUAAGGACAGGUCCUAUGUGUUACCACACGUGUUGGCUACACAUGUAAGCUAACUGCACACACUAGCUAUACAAGCUAACCCAUUCCUUCAUUUGUCCAGAUCCAAACAGCUAAUUUCAAGAUGUUCAUACCCAUGCACCCCCCCCCCCUCCCACUUAAUUUGUUUAUUUGUUUGUGGUGAUGUCCUCAAUUUUCAAAUCAAUUCAGGAUUCUUUUUCAAAGACAUGCAAGUGAUGCUAUGGACUGUGCAGCAGCCAACUGUGAUGUGUGCUUCUUAACACUCCUUUCCUUCUAUCCUUCCUUCUUUCCUCCCGUCCUUCCUCCCAUCUGUCCUUAAUCCCUCCCUUCCUUCUGCCCGCCUCUUAAAACGCUUAAAUACCGGUCAGAAAAUAUGUUCCUUUCAGCCUCAACUGGCAAAUUGCUUUUCUCUGUGAACUGUGCUCAGUCCUCUCCUCCCCUCCCCCCCCCCCCCCCCCCCCGUGAGGGCUCCAGUCCCUCUGUACAGUACAGUUGUAGAUGUUGUGUGGACGUUCUGCUUCAGCUUACGUGUUGUUGUGUUCUAUGUUUCUAUUGCACUUACUGACAAAAAGAGAUGUUGGGAAAAAUAAUAAAAAAGUCACAUCUAAUUUUACUAUAAUGCUUUACUCAAAAGUAUGCCAUUUCAUUUCAGUUUACUUGCCUACUCCAUAUUUUAAUCAUUAGUUCUUUUUUAUGUGGCAACCUUUUACUUUAGCUGCUCUGACAGCUUGAAGAGUUUCAUUGCUUAAUAUUGUGAUCGGAAAUUUUAUACAUGGUAUGAUAAUACUUCAUAUGUACCUAUUAAAUAUUUUGAUUCCAAAAAGUG